GAGAGAGAGAGAGAGAGAGAGAGAGUGAAAAUGAACGGAAUAAUAUCAUGUUGACCAGUGACCAGCACGUUUACAGAACGUUUGGAUAUUUGGAGCGGUUUUAAAAUGGAUUAAUUGAUUCGGUUGUAGUAACUUUUUUACACCUGGAUUGAACUCUGUCGAUAGCUUGGAUUAUGAGGAUAACUGGCGCCACAAUUUACCAUUGAGAAGCAGCAAUACUGCACUGGAGAAAGCAACAAGGUAGCAAACACAAACACAGUCAUCCAAGGUACUGUAGCCCCCAAAACUAGGAGAUAUGAGGGGACUUUGUAUCUGGAUUCUGAGAGUUUCCAUGCUUCUGCUGCUGCUCAGGCCAAAUCCCCUGGAUUGCCAACUCACUAUAGACCACAGGAAGGUUCCUCAAAGGGCAGAGCAGCAGGAGGCUGGAGGAGUGCAGGGUGGGGCCCCAGGCUCCUGGGGCUCCUGGGGGCCUUGGUCCUCCUGCUCCCGCUCCUGUGGGGGAGGGGUUCAGGAACAGAACCGACCCUGCCUACCCUCCCACACCCCCUCCAUGGGUGCUGUUGCCCACCCCUCCAGGCCGGAUGGCCACCACCCCAACCAGAACCCAGGCCAUGUAGUGUCUGCCCUAAGACCCACUGUCCCACUGCACCGCACCAACCCUGGGAGACCCCCACCGUCCAACAGCAACACCAGCUUGGCCAGCCAAGGAGAGCUGAGGGACCAGCAGAGAGACAGAGAGGCCAAUGCUGGACGCAGGAGGGGCAGUGACAGUCCCAUCAUUCCAGGGAAGUAUGGCUAUGGGAGGAUGCCUUACGUUGUGUCUCUCCAGACAGACACAGGCCAGAGGUCUGGGAUAGAGACAGGGACUGGUCUCUCCCACAGACAGAGACGCUCCCCACUCUCUGACCCCAGCCCGUCAGCCACCAGGCACGGAGGCCACAGGCCUAACCCCUACCGGCCGCCCUACAACAACCCCCAUCUCCACAGCUACAGCCCAGUCCAUCACCAGCCCCCAGCCCCCCAACCCAGGUCUAACCCUAACCCAGCCUCCCUUCCCAGGUCUAACCCGAACCCAGCCACCCCUCCCAGGGCUGACCAUAACUCUAACUCUAACCCUAACCCAGCCUCCCAGCCCAAGUCUAACCCUAACCCAGCCUCCCCUCCCAGGGCUAACCCUAAUCCAGCCUCCCAGCCCAGGGCUAACCCUAACUCUAACCCCAAACCAGCCCCCCAGCCCAGGGCUAACCCUAAUCCAGCCUUCCAGCCCAGGGCUAACCCUAACUCUAACCCUAACCCAGCCCCCCAGCAUAGGUCUAACCCUAAUCCAGCCUCCCAGCCCAGGGCUAACCCUAACUCUAACCCCAACCCAGCCUCCCAGCCCAGGUCUAACCCUGACUCUAACCCCAACCCAGCCCCCCAGCCCAAUUCUAACCCACCCUGGUCCUCCUCACUCUACCAGCCCAGCCAGAGGCACCAACCUAGGCAGGAGCAGCAGCACUCAUCCAGCCAGGCCUCAGCGGCUCAGCAACCCUUUGGACGGCCCUACAACCCACUGCCCACCUCCUCCUGUGUGGGAGAGCACAACCAGUACAAGAUUUGCAACACCGAUGCCUGUCCUCCAGCCAGCAGACACAUCAGAGCGGUGCAGUGUUCUUCCUACAACAGCUAUCCCUUCAUGGGUCGACUGUACGAGUGGGAGCCUUUCAAUGAAGUUUCAGGGGACCAGCGUUGUGAGCUCAACUGUCGUGCGAUCGGUUUCCGCUUCUAUGUGCGUCAAUCGGAUAGGGUCAUCGAUGGGACGCCGUGCGGCCAGAACGAGACUUCCAUCUGUGUGGCAGGGAGGUGUCAGAGUCUGGGCUGCGAUGAGUACCUAGGCUCAGGCAAGGUGAUGGACAAGUGUGGGGUGUGUGGCGGGGACAACACGGCCUGUAAGCUGGUGUCAGGGCUCUUCCAGCAGCACAGCCUGAACAAGGUGGGCUACCACAAGAUAGUGGAGAUCCCAGAGGGAGCCACCAAGAUCAAUGUCACCGAGACGGUGAAGAGCAGGAAUUACCUGGCUCUGAAAAGCCGCUCAGGUCGCUCCAUCAUCAAUGGGAACUGGGCCAUUGACCGGCCAGGGGAGUAUGAGGGGGUGGGCACCAUGUUCACCUACCGACGACCCAAUGAGGUCACCAGCACCGCCGGGGAGUCCUUCCUGGCAGAGGGGCCAACCAAUGAGAUCCUGGAUGUUUAUGUGAUCUACCAGCAGCCCAACCCAGGAGUGAGCUAUGAAUUCAUCCUUCCCUCUGACAACCCUCCACAGCACCCCAACCACAGACCUGGAGGGAACACUCUGUAUGGGCAAAGUGGGAAUGAUCACCGGGGCAACCCCAACCAGGAUGGGUACGAUCCAGCAGGAGGGGGCAAAUACCCUCCCCAGGUACCCAACAAUCAGGUGCCAGCAGUCCUGUCACCCAGACGUCAGAGAGAAUACAACUGGAAACUGUCUGGGGCAACAGAAUGUAGCGCCUCCUGUGGCAGAGGUAGCAGGUACACCAUCUUCCGCUGUGUCCACAGGCUGAACCAUGAGCAGGUACCAGAGAACCAGUGUGACAGCAGCACCAGGCCCAGUUCACAGGAAGAGCCCUGCAACCUUCAGUCCUGCCCUGCCUUCUGGGACAUUGGUGAGUGGUCGGAGUGCAGUAAGACAUGUGGCCUGGGUAUGCAGCACCGCCAGGUCUUGUGCAGGCAGGUGUAUGCCAACCGGACCCUCAACGUCCACACCAGCCGCUGCCGCCACCUGGAGCAGCCCGAGACCACCAGCACCUGCCAGCUGAAAAUCUGCAGCGAGUGGCAGAUACGAACCGAGUGGAGCGCCUGCUCUGUUCCCUGUGGCGUGGGCCAGAGGACCAGGGAGGUGCACUGUGUCAGCAACGUGGGAGACUUUGUGUCGGACGAGGAGUGCAACAUGAAGCUGCGACCCAGUGACAAUGAGAACUGUGACAUGGGGCCCUGUGCUAAAAGUUGGUUCUUCACUGAGUGGGGGAAUAAGUGUUCUGCUGAGUGUGGGAUGGGUGUGCGGACCCGAGGCGUACUGUGCCUGACCAAUCACAUCAGCAGCUUGCCUCUGGAGGGGUGUGGCCAUGAGCGCCCCACUGACUCUCAGGUCUGUAAUCACGGCCCCUGUGAGAGUCGCAUCGAGUGGUUUACAGCCCCCUGGAGUCAGUGCUCAACGGAGUGUGGCUCGGGCAGCCAGCAGAGGGCAGUGGUGUGUCUGAUGAAGACUGACGAGGGGUUCAAUGUAAUGCCGCCCUACGAAUGUUCUUCUCUAGACAAGCCUCUUAAUCAGCAGAGCUGCCACCUAAAGUCCUGCGGGGCCAAGUGGUACCACACAGACUGGAGCGCUUGUUCUAAGACGUGUGAGGGGGGCUUCCGUGUGAGGGAGGUGCGCUGUCUGUCUGAUGACAUGCUUUCCGGUGAGGGCUGUGAGGAGGAGCUGAAACCAGUGGAGAGAGAGGAGUGCAACCCAGAGCCCUGCGUCCCACACAUAGACGAGAACUGUCGAGACAAGUAUUUCAACUGCAAUGUGGUGGUCCAGGCACGUCUCUGUGUGUACGACUACUACAAGACAACCUGUUGUGCCUCUUGCACACGAGUGGCCCACAGACAGUCACAACACAGGGCACUCAGCUAGCCCCCUCUCCCCAGGCCUCAGACCUCUAGGGGGCCUGACACAGCGCCCAGAGCAGGCCCUCAGUCCCUGGGCCAAACACACUGACCCACAGUGGAGAGGACAGCCUAGAACCUGACUCUGGGUGGACAUUGACUGGACACUAUAAUAUGAGUGCCGAAGAUACAGACUGAAAAACUGAAAGACUGCAAAGAAAGGAAGUGAAAGCCCAACUUGUUUUUGGCAUGUGAGGAGAUUGCCAAUGGGCAAUACGUGAAACUGAAUGGUUCGUGGAGGAUGGUUUUGAAGGACACGUUUAACAGGGCUAUGAGUGGAGGAGCUCUGGUGAGGCGAGAUGAUAGACAGGACACCAAACCGAAGAAUCUGGAACCACUUUAUGGUCUGUAACCAGAAUCCCCUCCAGUAAAAGGUCCCGUCUGGGUUUUUGUUGUGUUUCAUGGGAAGCAGUUUGCCGCUGCCAUUCACCUGAAUGGGUUAAGGUCUUGAAAAAGGUCUUUGGCCGAAACGUUGACAGAAUAAACUGCUACCGCAUCUGU